CACAACCAUCAGGACGCCGGCGUGACAUUCACUGGGUUGAAUAACGACCACCCCGUGUAUCCUACCGAGCUGUAGCCAAUAUGAGAGUACUAAAAGCGGGAUUGUGUUUGGCCAAAACGCGUCUUGUAGCUCCGAGCAGCGUCACUAUCAAAAAGGUGCUCAUCAACAGCUGUCGGUCAUGUUCCUCUGGUGUGUUUCCCAACCAGAGGAUCCGAAACAUAGGCAUCUCAGCGCACAUCGACUCCGGGAAGACAACCCUGACCGAGCGCGUCCUCUAUUACACCGGCAGGAUAGCAGAGAUACACGAGGUGAAAGGGAAGGACGGUGUUGGAGCCACUAUGGACUCAAUGGAGCUGGAGAGGCAGAGAGGCAUCACCAUCCAGUCUGCUGCCACUUACACCGAGUAUAAGGAUCAUAACAUCAAUAUUAUUGACACCCCAGGUCACGUGGACUUCACCAUCGAAGUGGAGCGAGCGCUGCGUGUGCUGGAUGGAGCCGUGCUGGUGCUGUGUGCGGUGGGGGGCGUCCAGUGUCAGACGAUGACCGUUAACAGACAGAUGAAACGCUACAACGUCCCCUUCCUCACCUUCAUCAACAAGCUGGACCGCUUGGGUGCCAACCCCAACCGAGCCCUGCAGCAGAUGAGAACCAAACUGAACCAAAAUGCAGCCUUCGUGAACAUCCCCAUCGGCCUGGAGGGAGACAUACGUGGCCUGAUUGACCUCAUAGGGGAGCGAACCAUGUAUUUUGAUGGACCAUUUGGUAAAGAUAUCCGCUAUGAUGAGAUCCCAGCUGAUUUUCGUGCAGAGGCUGCCGACCGGAGACAGGAACUGGUGGAGUGUGUAGCUAACGCUGAUGAAAUUUUGGGAGAGGUGUUCUUGGAGGAAAAAAUUCCAACCAACGAUGACCUGAAGGCUGCAAUCCGCAGAGCCACAGUACAGCGUCUCUUCUCCCCAGUGCUGGUGGGAACAGCGCUGAAGAACAAGGGCGUCCAACCUCUACUGGAUGCUGUGCUGGAAUACCUGCCAAACCCCACAGAAAUCAACAACUACGGCAUCCUCAAUGAAGAAGGUUCCAGUGAAUCAUCAAAGAUUCUCAUGGAUCCCACAAGAGAUUCUGCAAACCCUUAUGUUGGUCUGGCCUUCAAACUGGAGGCAGGGAGAUUCGGUCAGCUGACGUAUGUGCGUGUGUACCAGGGCUGUCUGAAGAAGGGGGAGUACAUCUACAACACGCGCACGAGCAAGAAAGUCAGAGUGCAGAGGCUUGUGCGUCUCCACGCUGACCAGAUGGAGGAUGUUGAUGAGGUGUAUGCAGGAGAUAUUUGUGCUCUGUUUGGGGUUGACUGUGCAAGUGGAGAUACUUUCACAUCUAAGGCCAGCGCUAACCUCUCUAUGGAGUCUAUUCACGUCCCAGAGCCUGUCAUUUCCAUGGCAAUGAAGCCUUCCAACAAGAAUGACCUGGAUAAAUUCUCCAAAGGUAUCAACCGUUUCACCAGAGAGGAUCCGACGUUUAGAGUUCAUUAUGACACAGAGAGCAAAGAAACCAUCAUCUCAGGCAUGGGCGAGCUGCAUCUGGAAAUCUACUCCCAGAGGAUGGAGAGAGAAUAUGGCUGUCCCUGUGUGAUGGGAAAGCCCAAAGUGGCUUUCAGAGAGACGAUCACCAGUCCUGUACCGUUUGACUUCACUCAUAAGAAGCAGAGUGGUGGUUCUGGGCAGUACGGUAAGGUUAUUGGAGUCCUCGAGCCGCUGGAAGCAGAAGAUUACACCAAAUUGGAGUUUGAUGACCAGACAAUGGGAACCAACGUCCCGAAGCAGUUUGUACCAGCUAUAGAAAAGGGUUACAGGGACGCCUGUGAGAAAGGACCCCUGAGCGGCCACAAAAUCUCAGGAGUCAGAUUCCUCCUGGAGGACGGAGCACAUCACAUGGUGGACUCCAAUGAGCUCUCCUUCAUCCGUGCAGGAGAGGGCGCUCUAAAGCAAGCUAUGGAAAAAGCCACCGCGGCCAUCCUGGAGCCCAUCAUGUCUGUGGAAAUUGUUGCACCUCAGGAGUUUCAGGGAACAGUUAUUUCUGGAGUAAACCGUCGCCAUGGUGUCAUUUCAGGACAGGAUGGGGCUGAAGGAUACUUCACUCUGUAUGCUGAUAUUCCACUAAACGACAUGUUCGGCUACGCCACAGAGCUACGCUCCUGCACUGAAGGAAAAGGCGAGUACACCAUGGAGUACAGCAGAUACCAGCCCUGCCUACCAGCCACACAAGAAGAACUCAUGCACAAACACUUAGAGGCUACAGGCCAGCUUCCCGCAAAGAAGAACAAGUGGAAGAACUGAAAACUGUCAAACUGUACAUUGGACUCUGACAUGACCACCGUCCCUCAUCUUUACACACGCUCUUUUCUGCCCAUCCUCAGUCAUGGCUUUGCAAUAAUUCUGUAACUUGGAGACAGAUUCCAUUUACGUUGUGGAUACCUUUGUAGUGUAACCUUCCUUUGUAUUGUUCGAUCCCUGUGAAAAACAUAUUUAUUACCUUGAUUUUAGCACCAUUUGACCUCUAUGCUCCUAGAGUGAAAACGUACAGCAAGCUCAGUGUUUUGACUUGAGCGGAUAAUGGCUUUUGUACUAUGUACAGAAUGAUCUUGUAACAAUGACUGCAACAAAGAUGAUAUAUUAUCUGU